AUGUGGCCUACAUUAGUGGCUAAUAAGAUACUUAAGAAACGACUGGGAAGCAGCAACUUUGUAGCAGAUUAUCCUAGUUAUGAAGAACCCUUGUUGGGUAUUGCAGACAUUGAAGAGACCUCUAAAACCAUUCUCAAUGAUCACAAGGACACACCAAAAUACAAUGUUUUUGUCAGUACAUGGAACGUAGGUGGGCUUGUACCAGACGAAGAUUUAAAUAUAGAGGAUUUGUUGGAAACAUGCAACAGCUCCUAUGACAUCUAUGUUCUUGGGUUUCAAGAAAUAGUGCCUCUAAAAGCUUCAAAUGUAUUGGGAUCAGAAAAUAAUGAGAUUUCUACUAAAUGGAAUUCCAUAAUCAGGGAAGCUUUGAACAAGAGAACACAUCAUAGGGACAAAGAUCAAAAUGAUGAUAGAGAACAGGAGCUAAAGACGAAUAUUUGUCCCAAUAAUAAAGAAAAAGGUGAAGUCUCAAACGAUUUCCAUUGUAUCAUUAGCAAGCAAAUGGUUGGAAUAUUCAUAUCAGUGUGGACGAGGAGAGAUCUUUGUCCAUUCAUUCAGCAUCCAAGUGUCUCAUGUGUUGGCUGUGGCAUAAUGGGCUGCUUAGGAAACAAGGGUUCUGUAUCAGUGAGAUUUCAGUUACAUGAAACAAGCUUCUGCUUUGUGUGCUGCCAUUUAGCUUCCGGGGGCAGAGAAGGGGAUGAGAAGUAUAGGAACUUAAAUGUUGCUGACAUUUUUUCCAGGACAAGCUUUCCUAGAGGCCCUUUGCUUGAUUUGCCAAGAACCAUUCUUGAUCACGAUCAUGUAAUAUUUCUUGGAGAUCUAAAUUAUAGAAUCUCUCUACCAGAAGAGACGAUACGCUUACUUGUUGAAAAAAGAGACUGGGAUUCCUUAUUAGAAAAUGAUCAGCUAAUGAUGGAGCUAAUGACUGGAAACAUGUUAAGAGGAUGGAAUGAAGGAGCAAUCAAAUUUGCUCCUACCUACAAAUAUUGUCUAAAUUCAGACAUGUACUAUGGAUGCUUUUAUCAUGGAAAAAAGACAGAAAAGAAGCGAGCACCAGCAUGGUGUGAUCGAAUAGUAUGGUACGGCAAUGGGUUAAAGCAACUUGAGUACACUAGAAGUGAAUCAAAACUAUCAGAUCACAGACCCGUUAAGGCAAUGUUUACAGCAGAAGUCAGGGUUUUAACAGAGCUGAAAAACUUGCAAAGUUUGUUUAUAUCAGAAAGAUUUGAGCAGAUUAAAACCCCUUUUGAAGUUUCCACCACUGAUGAAUUUGUAUGUAGAAAACAGUCAAGUUUCCGGUUGUGA